AUGAUGGAGUUGGGCCAGGGCGUGAAGAAGGUCGAGUGGAUCACUGAUUCGAGAUCUCCGCUCUGCGGUACCUUUAUCGUCUACCUGGAGGAUCACACGUUCGGCACGCUUAUGAGAUCACGGUUGAGCAAGGACGAACGUGUUGCGUUCGUAGGAUACCGAGUUCCUCACCCCCUGGAGAACAAGCUAGAGAUCCGUCUACGCUGCAAAGUGGACAGCCCGUUUACUGUCAUGUUGAAUGCACUAUCUACCGUGCGCAGUAACGUGGCACACCUGAAGAAGGUGUACAUGGCAGUGGAUGCGGCUGGAAGCGCUCCGCCGCUCGCGGUUCACGCCAGCUGUGUGGCCUUUGCGAGGCGACUGGAGGUGUGCUGGGUGCAAUCUCUGCAGGGGAAGGCUGGAGUGGACGUUGAGGACUGGAAAGUUUGUAUCAGUCCACAAGUGGAGCCGAAGAUCAGUACCACGUACAUAACUGCCUUGGAUGUGUGCACGGCGCCCAGCACUCUCAGCAAGUAUCGCUUUGUCGUAGCGCUGGGAUACGCCAAUGGCACGAUCUGUCUUUCCGGAGUGGACGCCGCUGGAGACUUCCACAUAGUAUCGCAUAAUGACAAGAACAAGGCUAAGGUGCUUCACCUGGAGGUUCAAGUCGACGUUGAGGCGGAUAAAAAGGGUAAAGCGGCGCUCCACAGCUUCGCGCUGCUUGAGGGCGGUACCAUCGUACGUUUUGCCUGGGACACCCUGGAGCAGAGCCACGUAGAGUGCGGCGACGGUAUUAUCGGAUUACGUGCCAGCUUAGCCCAUGGCGUGAUUGCGCAGUACGCAAAAGACCGCAUGGUGCUGAGAGGUCUGGAUACGGACAGUACGUUGAAGACCUUCGAGAAUGUUGGCAGUGACACUUGGGGAGAAUGGGCGCUGGGCUUCCAUCCUCAGCAACGGUUGUUGGCGUUUGCGGGUGCGAAUGCUGUCCGCUACACGGCCGCUCCGCGCUGGGAGAUCUACCAGUUCGGCGACGGCGUGGUGCAUUCGGAGCCAAUAUCCUGCCUGCAAUUCAUCACCCUUGGCGAGAUAGUGGCUCUGCUCACCGCCAGUAGAGACAACAUCGCAGUGUGGGAUUUUGAUGCCCAAUCUGUUCUGUACCGGCGAAGCGGAUGCGAGUUCAGGUUGUGUGCCCUUACUGACCUUGGAGAAAAGGAGGUCAACCUGGCAAUCUUGGGCAACGUUUAUGACAAAAAGCCGUGGACCGUCACUCGUCUGUCACUCCCUGCCGAUGACCGCAUGGAGGAAGUAGGAGGAAAACGCCCCGCCGAAUCCAGUUCAUCUUCGAAAAGCGCUGGCGCCCAGGGAAACAAGCGAUUUCGUCGGAUGGUGGAUGACAUGGCCGAAGACGCUGGUGACGUUGCAGAGGAUGAAGGUGACCUCUUUGACGGCGUGGACCAUGUCGACGUCGAUGCCGAAAAGCCAGAGGUGCCAGCAUCUCCAUCGGAGCGCCGCCGCCGCAACGCAGACGUAUUUGACAUGCUUAAUGACGAAUCGAGCAUGGCGCUGAUGGAGGACAUCGAGCGGCUCAAACGGCGCGUGGCGCAACUUGAGAGGCGGUCGGAGGCGAGGUACAAUCUUACACCUGGUUCAUGUCCAGCGCCACAUGAUGAGUCUUCGCAGUGGCUCAUGUAUUGGGACGAUGGAGGGCAGAUCACCAAACAAGGUACGGGAGACUCGACAACUCUGCACGUCCAUCUUUACUCGGGUCCUAACGCCGGUUACGUACAGAAGCAUGACAGUCACAACUGUCACACUGCCGCGCUCUGCGGUAGGGCCUUGGUUACCGGCAGCGAGUUGGCUCUGGAAAACGACCCCCAAGGGCUGUUGACCGUCUACAACCUGGGCACCAACGAAAUCUGGCAGCGCCGCCUGAGGCACGAAAGAAUCGCCUCAGUGGCUGUUUCUGAUGAAUUUGUGGCGGUGCUGGGAGACGGAGUGCUCUACAUCUUCUCCUUUGCGGGUAGCAUGUUGGGGGUGUACCGCCUGAAGGGGGCACCGGUCGGCCUAGCUGCCAAAGGCAACAUGUUGGCCGUGAUUUCGGAGUGCUCCAGCAACCCUAAAUCGUCCACGGUAUACUCCACGCGUCUGUUGUGGGUGAACGGUCUACGCGGUCUUGCCCGAAAUUCCUUGAACCGCGUGGUGGACCUUUACGACGACGUGCUCGUGUUGCCGCCUAAUCGGCAUGUAUCGUGGCUAAGCAUUUCCGACCAACUUAACCUGUGGGUGGGCGAUUCAUCUGGUGAGUUCCUAGACAAAGUCAUUUCAUAUCGCACAGGCCAGCUGAUGUCGCUGGUGCCAGCCAUGGCGAGCUUCCACAAGCUAGGCGGCGUGUCUUUCGAAUGGGUGCCGUCGCUGCACCUCGCAGACCUGGGUGGUGAGAGCUCGUCGGAGGAGAAGAGCAAUCGCAUAAGGGCGUUCCCGCUCUACGUAAACGAGCAAAAGCUGUGCUACAUCCGCCUGAAAGAGGGCGAACGGUACCCUCACAGUCAUGCACCUGUGAACUUCUUGGGGUACACGCUGCGUAAGGCUCCGUUGCGUAUCGAGGGCGCGAGCGGCGCUUACAUGCCGUUUAACAAGUUCUAUUCGGUGAUGACACGCGACCCGAAACUAAAGGAGGUUGGCCCCGCUGGUAUCGUAGAGGACGUGGCUGCCAUCCCCUGGCAGCAGUAUGACGAGAUGCGCCACUCACUGACGCUGCAGGGGGCUCAACUCGAGCUGUUGAUGCAGCUGCAGCAGGCGUAUGGAUUCUGGUUCCGUGAUGCUGAGCGUGUGACCCAGAAGGCUGCGACAUCGAUGGGAAACGUCGAACUGGUUCACGACAAGUGGCUGUUGCGUAUGUUGCGCAAGGUUAAAGGCCAACGCCAGGACGGAAAUGUACUCUACGAUGUGCUGCGCAUGAUCCGCUACCAGCGUUGCUUGGACACUGCAGCUGAAAUCAUGUCGGAUCAGAUGGACGGUCGCCAGAGGCGGGUUUUGCGUGAGGCGGCGAUGCUGCUGGCCAACGGGCCGAACCGGGACUUCUUGUUCCCAUCUCGCGAGAACAAGGCACCUGAGGCCAAUGACACGCAGCAGCCCAGCGCCGGCGUCGAACCUGAUUCCGGGAGAGGCGUGCAUGACGUGACUGUCCUCAAUAGGACAGUGACACACGAUAAGGAUACUGCGCCCGUCAGCGUCCCUGCACCGGGUAAGGCUGUGGCGCCGCCCGCUGCACCCAAGCCGAAUGCACCGGCCAAGCCCGUGCAUGAUGGUUUCGUUGAAGUCGACGGGAAGCCAGAGGAUAAGUCGAACUGGAUGGAACAGGUGUUCCACCCAUGA